AUGCGAAGCACACAACUUAGUGAAAGUCUAAAUGGAACAUUAAGGGGAUAUUUGAAGGGUGAUCAUAACAUUGUUCAAUUCUUUACUCACUUCAAUCGGAUUGUUGUAGAUAAGCGGUAUGAGGAAAUUUCUGCAAUAUAUGAUUCUAGACAAAAGUUGCCAAGAAUGAAAUUGAAAAAGUCUCCCAUUUUAAUCCAAGUUGCGAGUUUGUACACCCCUCCUAUCUUUGAUUUAUUUCAUUGUGAGUUGGAUACGUCCCUUUGUUGUCAAGUAAAGCAAUUCCAUGAGUUAGAAGGAGAAGUUAAGUGCGUGAUUGGCUUGUAUGGUAAUGGUGAAGAGUAUAUUGUGGAGGGUAGGGUGGAAGUUAUUGGGCUAAGAGGAGAAAAAAGCUAUCAAGAAAUACAUUGUACAUGUAAGAAAUUUGAGAACUUUGGAAUAAUCAAAGCACUUGAUAGAAUGAAUGUUAUGAAAAUUCCCAAAAGGUAUAUAUUAGGCCGAUGGAGAUUGGAUGCAAAAGAUUGUGAAGUUGAAGAGAAAAAUGUUGUAGUGGAUGAGGAUGAUCCGAAGUUGUUAAUAUUAGCACGUUAUAGAGAUCUUUGUCCAAGAAUGGUGAAACUAGCAACUCAAGCAUCUAUGCACAAACCUGCCUAUCAAUUGGUUGAUGAAGGAAUUAAGGAAUUGUGUGUAAAAGUAAAUAAUAUGAUGAAGGGAGUUGGAAGUUUUGGUACCAAUGAAUUAGAAGUGGACGACCCCAACUUUGCACAAGUUAAGGGCAUAAAGAAGAAAGAUGUUGGACACAAAGGGAUGGGUAGAUUAAAACCUUGGCAUGAGAUGAUGAAUAAGAAGACAAAAGUUAUUUCACAACAUACCCGCCUUAGUAAGACUAUUGGUCAAUCAAGCAACACUAUAAAUGUUCAAAAUUCAUCCUCAAGCCAACAGCAGGAUGGUGGGAGUCUCUGUUGGCCACAAUUGAUAACUUAUGGGUAUAAUCUUCUCACACAUGAUACUAAUUCAUACUCACCAAGGUAUCCACAAUCACAACCUUUGUCUUUCCAAGCAUCACAUAGUCCACAAAGUUCUCAAGGAAUAUCACUUAAUCCAGUGGGGCACAAUCCAAUGAAGACCGAAUUUAGAAAUGAGAGUUCUUUUGAUUUUUCUAUUUAUUCCCAACCGCCUCCAAAAAAUUGA